AUGACGAAAAACAAGUACGAGCAGCAAAGGGAUGAAAAUGUAAAGAAAAUUCAGGAAGUUUUUAAAUCUUUGGGUAUACCAAUCUUAGCUCAGGAAGUUAUUGAUGGUCUUGCAAAAAAACAAAAGGGCAAAGGGAAGGCAGUAGCCACUGAAAAUCCAGGAUCUGACCAUGAUUAUGAUCCAUCAUCUGAAAUUGAAAACGAAACUGAUAGUGACGAUGAAUGUGAUGACGACCUCCAUGUUGAGGUCAAUACUCAGGUAGAAGAGAUGGUUCCAGGAACGCGCCUUGUCCAAAAGAAGCUGAAGGUGGGGACGGCGGCUGCCAGCAAAAAGGCACCGUGGACACCAACAAGAUUAACUAGGCAGCAAGCAGCCAUGUCGCCUGGACGUCGUCCACCACCUAGGCAGAGAAUGCCCUUGCUUCCUAAGAACCCUGCAAAAGGCAGCACACAAGCGAAAAGCCAACACCCUACAAGCAGCAGCCUCACCACAAACACUGCAAACAAAGCCCCUGCUCCUCUAGUGAAUCCCACAGCCCCUGCUCCUCCAGUGAACCCCACAGCCCCUGCUCCUCCAGUGAUCCCCACACCCAGUCCAGCCAUCUCUGCUCCUAUUCCCACAGCUAUUCCAUCCAUGUCUGCUCCUAUUCCAAACAGAGAGGCUAGUAUUCACAAAUUCACCAAGGCAACUGUAGCCAAGUCUGUGCCUGGUGCAAACCCAAUGUGUACACCUUCUACUCCAAGACCAACUGCUGCCCUAUCUAGACAUCCUACUCCUGCCACUAGUGUCACCCAAGAAGUUCCUAUAGACACCUCGCCAGGUGUGCAGAGCUCUAGGCAGAGCAAUGACAUCAAUGUGUUAGCUGAUCCAUUUGAUGCAGCAACUACAGAGGACAAUGUACAUGAAGAACAAGCUUGUGACUUAGAUCAGGAUGUAGGCCGACGAAAGGAAGUCCGUAAGAAAAGCAUGGGUCAUGGUUUAGAAAAGUUGCUAAAAAAGGGGCACAAGCUGCCUAUCGAAGUGGCUGAAGGGAAGAAAAGGCCUGCUGUCCCCCUUCAGGCAGCUAAGCUAGCAUCAGAAACUGGCAUUUUCCUUAGAGACCAGCUCCCUAUCUACACAUCAUGGAAGACUUAUGAAAAUGAUGCGGGGAAGGCACAAGUCCAAAAAGUGCUUGAUAAAGUGGUGACAAGGUUGGAUGUGGAUAUUAAGAAUGAUGGACCAUGCAAGUUAGCAUGCACUGAUAUUGUCAAGAGGGGAGUAAGGCAACAGAGGUAUCAUCUGAAAAGGAAGUACUAUGACGAGUCACUGACAAAAGAACAACUCUUGGCCAUGGAACCUCCACCUAAGAUGAAGAAGCAGGAGUGGGUCAACCUGGUUGAGUACUGGUGUGAGCCAAAGAAUCAGGAAAAAAGUUCCAAGAAUAAAGCUAACCGUGCCCUAGUGCAGCUUCACCAAAAGACUGGAUCUAGGUCCUACAUUGCCCACCAUUACAGCCUGGAACAAAUGGUGGCAGAGAAGGAAAAAGAACCAGAAGAAGGAGAACAACAGAAGUCUCCAACCAAGAUAGUUGCUGAAAGUCUCAGCCACAUCAGCAAUAGAUCAACAUUCCUUCAAAGUCUUGGCAUAACUAAAGUGAGCAAGGCUGCCGGGUCCACAUCAGCUGCAGCACAAGCACGUAUGCAAGCGCAAUUUGAAGAACAGCUACAAGAAGAAAGAGAGGAGGCUCCAAGGAGGCAGGAAGUGUGGCAGGCACAACUUGAAGUGUGGCAGGCCGCACUUGAAGAAAACCAAAACCUUGCUACGCGCGACACAAGAAGAAGUGAAGGCAAUGAACAACAAGUUUGA